GUCAUUGUCCACAUUCGUGAUGGCUACGCUUUCCCGUUUGUUGUUUCAGAAAUUUGUUUUUUAAGGAGUGAGUAGCCCUCUCAUUUCUCCCUUGACCCUCGGGUUGGGUCUGGAUUUGGUCUUUUCCGGCCUCGCCUGGCCUUUGAUUUGAAUCGUUUUGAAUGAUUCCACAUCAACGCGUCAGCUUAUAUCUUCACAGUUUCACAACACUGGUAAGACAAAAGAAAAAACUUCGAGUCAGAUCCAGUCGAUGAGGUGAUUGACAUGUCCAUGGGGGCUAGGGCUCCGAUCGGGUUCGGGUCGGAUCGGGUCCUAGAGGGUAAAGUCCGUACUGAUCUGUAUGGAAGAGCUCAAAGGAGUAAUUUCUCGAUCGGUGUUGUCCGAACUCGUUGCCUCCUGCAUCGGGACGACCAGGAACAGCUCCAUGAACUUGACCAGCUCCUCUGCUUUCCAUGCUUCGAAGCACUCGUCGAACGCAUCAGCCGUCGCAAUCAUCAUCUUCGGGCAGGUCAAGACGGGUCCUGAUGCUCGACUUUCUUCUGCACGAAAGCACGGCAGUGGGUGGCCAUUCUUGUGUUCACCCAUGUUGCAAUUCGGAUUCAGAAGUAGAUGUAUAAACCGUCAGUCGGUAGUUAAAACUAUCAAAUGGUUUUGGGCAUCUUCAGCCGUGCGCAGUUGAACUGGAUCUGUCUUUAACAAGUCUAGUUGCUGACAAAGCUAUCAACAUCGAUAAAACAGUCAUGUUUGGAUUCGUGUUUUCAAUCUCAGAAGGAGCCUUCGGUGUUUGACUGGUACAGAAUGGGUCCUUCGCAUGUGAGCCUCCUGUGAAGAUAUGCAGGAUGGCAGAAGAAACUGGCUUUGACGAAAUCUAUGUGGAGCCGGCGGAGAUCUUGGUUAAUGAGUACUUGUCGGAACCGUCACUUCAUGAAAUGUUGGUGCUCCCAGAAAUGUAUACGAUGGGCUCUGCGUGAUAACUCAUUAAGAUGUGGC